AAUAUUCACUGAAUGAUCAUAUACCUUUUCACCACUAGAUGGGGGUAAAAAUCACAUAGUGUAGCUUUAAUAUUUGUUGUUGAUUUGAAGGAAGGGAGAGAGUUUAAUGUAUGACUCAAAUGAAAUGGACACAAUCAAUAUAUAAUGGACAUGUAUACGGUGAGUGUGUUUUAGCUUUAGAUUUUGUUUAUUAGAAUACUGCAUUUUGAUUUAUUGUUUCCUUUUGUUUUUGUUUUGUUUACUUGCGUGGAGUUUUUUUUACAACAAAUCUGUUGCAAUGUGGACAUUUCUUUAAUGAAAAUUAGCUACAGUAUUUGAAUAUGAAAAUGACUUAUCUUGUCAUCACAUAAGAACAGCAUAGCAGUGAGUGUGUCAGACUGCGAAUCCUGAGACUAUUCUGUGAAUGAGGGCUAGAGUUUUCUGUAGCUGAUUCUGUGCUGUCUUAAUGCAGUGUAAUGUUUAAUUAAGGAAAUGUGAAGUCCAUUCACACUGAAUUUCUAGACAUUUACUGUGACAGAAAAUGUGCAUUUGAUAAUCUCUUAUUAGAAUCCGCACACAUUUGAUCUGAUACUAAUCAGAUAUCAACAGGAUCUGUGUGUUCAGUCAUGGACGGGAGUCUGUUUUUGCUGCUCCUGCUGUCAGGGCUCUUGAGGACUACUUCUGGUGUUUCUCGUCAGUAUCACUAUAUAAAUGUGAGAAUGUCGUGGCCAGAGGCUCAGAGUUACUGCAGAGAGAAGUACACUGACCUGGCUACUGUAGACACCAUGGAUGAUGUGAACCGGCUGGUGAAUAUAGUGGAUGCUGGAUACAGUGGAUCAGUGUGGAUUGGACUGAAGAGAGGGACACAGACACGCUGGGUUUGGUCUAAUGGAGAAAACACACUCACACAGUACAGUGCUUGGUAUGCUGGAGAACCAAAGAAUGAAAACAAAUGUGGCUUUAUAGCUAAUGGAGUUUGGAAAAGUUACUCAUGCUCAAAUCAGUUUUUCUUUAUGUGCUACAGUGGAAGCGCUGGAUAUGUUAGGGUAGAGAUGUGGAAGAACUGGAUGGAUGCUCAGAGCUACUGCAGACAGUAUUACACGGAUCUGCCCACUAUCGACAACUCUGAGAAACUAAACCAGAUAAAGAGUAUUAUUCCAUCAGUAUCGUGGGUCUGGAUUGGUCUGUUCCAGGACUCUUGGGAAUGGUCUGAUAAAUGGAGCCGCUUCUUUAGAAACUGGGCAGCAGGACAACCAUCCCAGACUUCAGGAUCUGGAGACUGUGUCGGCAUGUCGACAACCAAUUCUGGGAAAUGGGCUCAUGAAAGCUGUGAUCUAAAGCGUUCUUUUAUCUGCCAUGGAGGGCCCAAGUCUCCUUACCGCUCCUUCAUCUAUGUGAAUGAACGCAAGACAUGGCAAGAUGCUCAGAGUUACUGCAGAGCGAGAUUCACUGAUCUGGCCACUGCUGACAACAUGAGUGACGUGAGUUUGCUGGUGAAUUCAGUGGAUGCUGGAUACAGGGGUUCAGUAUGGAUAGGUCUCCACAAUGGAACAGAGUAUCGCUGGGUCUGGUCUAUGGGCUCACUAUCCCAGUAUAGUAACUGGUAUCCAGGAGAACCAAAUGGCGAUGGGGAGUGUGUGAUUAGUUUAAAUGGACGCUGGUAUGAUGAGAGCUGCAGUGCCGUUCUCCCAUUUGUGUGUUUCAAUGAUAGCACUGGUUUCAUCAUCACCGAGACUGCUUUGACAUGGAGAGACGCUCAGAGUUACUGCAGAAAACAACACACUGAUUUGGCGAGUAUCAGCAGCGCAGAGCAGCAGAAUCUGAUCGGUAAUGCAGGAUCGCUCUGGAUCGGUCUGUUCAAGGACUCUUGGGAAUGGUCUGAUCGGUGGAAUCUCAGUUUUAGAAACUGGGCAGCAGGACAACCAUCCCAGAGUUCAGGAUCCGGAGACUGUGUCGGCAUGGCAACAACUGAUACUGGGAAAUGGGCUCGAUACAGCUGUGAUCUACAGCAACCUUUUAUCUGCUAUGGAGAUGACACGUUAAUUAAAAAGCAGAUCGUCAGACUGAAAUUAUCCUGUAAUGGAAAAUGCACAUUGAACGAUCCCUCACUACAGACUGCCAUUCUGAAUCAGAUCAGUGAAAAGCUGAAGAACAUGGGACUGGAGAGUGACAGCAAAAUAAGCUGGAGAAAAGGGGAAGGUGAAGAGGUGUUUCAUCAGGAGAUCAACCGUAAAGCGAGUUCCAAUGAUAAAUGUAAUAAGUAAUCUUUUAAAACUUUGAAGAAUAUAAGACUAUAAGAAUUUUUUAGUAAAAGUAGAUUGAUAAAAGGAAUUGUAAAAGUA